UAUAAAACUCAUGGAAUUCGAACAUACUAGCCAACUUAUUCGACAGUUAGAAACCAUAGAUCCUUUAAAAAAUGUAGACAAUUUUGUUCAUUUGUUAAAGCAAAUUACAACAGAAGCUCAAGAUAGUUCAAAAUUUCGAGAGAUUCUGGGACAGAACCCAAAAUUUUGGGUAAUUAUAACAAAAACAUGCUUAUUAGCUAUCGAAAAGUUGAUUGUUGGUGAGAUUAUUGUCAUCCCCAUUAUAUUAUGGCUUGUUCGUGCGUUCAGGAAUAUAGUAGCAACUGUAACUGAAAAUCAAAACAAAGCCUUAGAACAAGAAUGGAAUAAAAUAAUCGAGAAUAUUUUGUGGUAUUGCUUGUCUCAACCUGACUCAGGUGAUGACAUCCAAUAUGUCACAAUUAUAAGGUCCGGAAUACAAGCAUUAUCUAAUUUGAUAACGGGAAACACUUCCAUUCAAGAAUUUAUUUGGUCUGAUUUUAUGAGUAGAAAUGAAUCGAAUAAUCUUUUAAGGGAUACUCGGUAUUCUGUUGAUAUUUGUUUAAUUAGAAAGUCUUUAGUGACAUCGGGUUCAGGAAUGUGCAUUUUACAAAGGCUUUUGGACAGAGCUGAGACGCUCCUUGAAGAUGAAAGUACACAGAAUUUUGAGCUAACGUAUGAAUCGGUUGUUUAUUCAGAAUCUGACCUUUUUCCACUACUGUUUGAUUCAUUGAAUCCACCAUCAUCAUUGGGACAAUCGCUAGCAAGACGUCAGAUCACUCUUCUCAAACUUCUUGAUUCCAAGCUCUUUUCCUCAGAUUCUGCAAAUAUUUCUCUUUACUCAUGCACUCGUCUCUUACAAAUUUUUGAUACAAUAUGCCCACAAGUGAUUUUCUCAAUGCAACAAGUCAAUAUUGUCGAUCGCGAAAAUCAACCACAAGAAAUUGAAGAUACAAGUAUAUUAUAUACUGGAUUAGUAUUGUUAUUACAAUGUUUUGGAAAGUUAAGUCAAGAUGGAAAUGAUAAAAUACGAGAAUGCCUAUUCAAAGGAGGGAUUAUCGCCUCAAGCAUUUCUCUUUUGGCUCAAGCUGACAAAACGUUUCCACGUGUAACCAAAGCCACGUCGUCACCGUCUUUGCAGCAAGGAAUCUCGGAAUUUGCAUAUAUUAAAAGAGAUAUUAUUAGAGUGAUCGGAAACAUGGCAUAUGAUAAUUGCUCUGUUCAAGACGAGGUGCGCAGAUUAGGAGGAAUUCUGUUAGUUCUGAACCAAUGCAACAUUGACAAUAAUAAUCCUUAUAUUCGGGAACAUGCUAUAUUUGCACUUCGUAAUUUGCUAAUUAACAAUUCUGGAAACCAAAAGCUUGUUAAAGAACUUGAACCAAUUGCACCGGUUCAAAAUGACGUUCUAAGUGAAAUUGGCAUUAGAACUGAGUUAGGAAAUAAUGGUAAAAUAAAGUUGACAACUGAUUCCAAUAAAACGUAA